AAAAUUACUGAAAAAUAAGGGGAAAAAAAAAAAUCCAAAUAGCCCAACCCACCACCAUAGCAGAGACCGAGAACCAGCACGCAACACAAAAUACUGCAACUAACAGAAGAGGAAGAAGGCGAAGCAGAGCUGCCAUGGCCAACAUGCUCAUGGCCUCCUCCAAAGCCCUAAUCACUUGCUCUUCAACCAUUCCCCCCACCCCUAAACUCAAGCUCUCCCCAGUUCAACUAUCUUUCCCUAAACUACCCCUCUCCAAUGUCCCCAAGCCUCACCAACUCCUGUCCCUUCCGAACUCCAUUUCUGUAAUUCUUGCAGCCUCCCUGGCCGUGGCACCCCCUUCCCUAGCUGCGGAAAUCGAAAAGGCCGCGCUUUUCGACUUCAACUUAACGCUCCCCAUCAUAGCAGCGGAGUUCUUGCUCCUCAUGGUCGCCCUUGACAAGAUUUACUUCACCCCAUUAGGCAAAUUCAUGGACGAAAGGGAUGCAGCCAUCAGGGAGAAGCUGAGCAGUGUCAAGGACACUUCUGAGGAGGUGAAACAGCUUGAAGCCCAAGCCGCCGCCAUCAUGCGAGCUGCCAGGGCUGAGAUAUCGGCUACCCUGAACAAGAUGAAGAAGGAGACUCAGCUGGAAGUGGAGCAGAAGUUGGCUGAGGGGAGAAAGAAAGUGGAAGCUGAGUUGCAAGAAGCCUUGGCUAGUUUGGAAAAGCAAAAAGAAGACACCAUUAAGGCUCUUGAUUCUCAGAUUGCUGCUCUUAGUGAUGAGAUUGUCAAGAAGGUCCUCCCUGCACGUUGAGAUGGAUUUUAGGCUCACUGGGUUUUGAUUUGAUCUUAUAAUCUGUACUUAUAAUCCACGAUGAUGAGGUUAACAUGGAUUCUAGUGUGAAAAUUCAUACUUCUUGAUUUCGAUACAAUGGCCUUUCGUACUUUCGAGUUUUUGGCCUUUUAGCAGUUUUAACUCGCA